UCCACCAAAGAAAAGACUGGAUUUUCAGUAGGUUGAAUCACUUUGUCAACUAAAAAGACACAAAGCAUCAUGGUUUCGCCAAAUCACGUGUGUUCUCGCAAACAUAAAAAUUUUACUGAAUUGAAUCCUGAAGAAAUAGAAGAUAUUUCAGAAUCUGUGGAUGAACUUCGUGAAAGAUUAUCGAACGCAAAACGAAUGAUGAAAGAACAAAGUGCUCAUACAUUGAACGAUAUCACUGGAAGUAAAAGAAAAAGAAGUGGAACUGAUGUGCUUGAUGGAAAUUUACUUUCAAUAAUAUUUGGUGGUGUAUUUAUUGUUGUUGUAAGUGCUAGUCUAUGGGCUUUUUAUAAUCUUUAUCAUGCAGUACUCAAAAAAUUCCCAUCUCAUCAUACAGAAUUAUAG